AUGGGUGUAGACUCACUUCCUUCAUCUCCAAAGUUCCCAUCCGCCGCCGCAGCGGCAGAAACAACAAGAGCAGCAGCUGUAGAUACCACAGCAGAGCGUGAAGAAGCGAUGUUGUCAUUUCUCUCGCAAAUGAGAGAACAUCUACAGACUACUGCAAAUCUUGAUGAGUUUCGCAGUUGGGUGAAUAAAAAUAUACCGGACAUCGACCAUAAUCAACCACCCCCACCACCAGGACCACCCCCAGCCCUACACCCACUUGCAGAUUCAGGAUCAUGGCAUGAAUUGAAGGAAUCUAAACAAGGAAGAAGUAAACACCGUAAUGUUCCUAAACCACACAUGUCACUUGUAUCUCUGGUAGAAGAACCUCUGGAGAAUACUAAUAAUAAGGAUGGAGAUGGGACGAAGAAUAAGAAUGAUAAAGGUAACAGCGGCAGCAGUUGUGGUGCUGGUGGGAAUAUUUUCUACGUACGUACACCAACAAAGACUUCUCAAGGAAUAGAUUCCAUCCUUGUGAAUGCACCGAACUCACAAAGAAAGAAACCAAUGAAUUCUGGUCCAUUAUUUGCAAAAACUACAUUAUCUCCUGUACUAUAUGAGAGAAGUGGAACACCAGAGUCUUGCCUCAGUGUGCGCAGUCCUGAAGAGGAUAGAGCCGAUCAGGAAGUCGCAUCAUUUCUUCAUCUUUCCUUUUCAUGGACUUCUAAUAUAUUAUUUCGUGGUGGACUUGAGACGUUUGGAACUAAUAAAAAACGUUUUAGAGAUGAAUCAAAUCCACUGGGGCAUGGAUGCAGCAACAGUAACGUCAAUGUGGAGAACUCCAGUUCACUGUUAACAGAAAGUGACCGCGAUUUACCUGGAUUGAAUACAAAAACCAUGAAAGCCGUGGGACUCUCAAAGAAGAAGGCCAUAAAUGCCUCCGCUUCUUCCUUCUCUGCAGUUUACCGUCAGUCCGCCAACCCUCACACACCUGGUCGACGUGCAUCUAUUCUCGGUUCCUGCAGUAACAGCCACUUUGCAGAGGGCAUGCCGGUCUUUUCACUGGAGGGACGAUUGCCGGAUCAGCGAUUGAUCUUCUCACGUAAAUGUACACGACACUCCUCCGUGUUUCGCCCAAUGGAAGAAGUACAGGAAGCCCUACGCUCUGUGGGAGUUCCCUUUAUGCCGGAUGUGGAUUUACCAGAUGUGGAUAUCGUUUACUACUGGAAAAUGUAUGGAAAUAAGUGUUACGUGUAUGUUUGUAUGAAUGUUCUAUUGCGGUAUAACUUUUCCACUCGAUUUGGCUUUGAUGUACAACGGAUGUAUCGCUAUUACAGUACCGCCGUUACCUAUAUCCGCUCACGUAAUCCAUUUCACAAUGCCUGUCAAGCCGCCGAUGCGGUUUUCGCCAUUCAUCAAUUUCUCUCACAGCCAUAUUUUGCAGAAAACUUCAGCGAUGAGGAACUCUUUGGUAUACUUUUUGCCACCACAGUGAUGAGACUUGGACACGUUGGUGUGACGAAUACCUUUCUGGUUACGGUGCGUCAUCCGUAUGCUUAUGCCCAUAAUUAUUACGCCCCACUGCAGAGUGUGAGUGUCUCACUUGCCUUUGCUAUCCUUGAUACCCCGGAGUGUUAUUUCCCUACAUUUGUCAACAGCCGUAGUGGCCCACCAUCGGUGUGGACGCCGAAAAAGGAAACAGAACUACUGGAGCUUGUCUCUCAACUCGUUACUUGCGUAGAUGAGAGAAAUCAUCAACAUCUCAUUACGGAAUUGCAGACGGUAUUACAUGAAGGGGGUGGAAGUGUCGUGCGGGAUCAUCAGUUGAUGACUAUUUUACGUAAUGUCAUGCACGCUGUGGACUUUUGUUUCAUAUUCCGCCGAUUAUCUAUUUACAAGUUUGCGGCUGUCUGCUCAGUGGCGGAGUUCUAUCGUGAGAAUCACGCCAGUCAGUUGUUAGAGGCCAAAAACUUAUCACGAUGGCCAUCCCAAGAAGAACCUCCCACGUCUCUUCGGCAUCUCACAGGCAGCGCCGCUUCCACUCAUCUUGUGCAGGAUAAAAAUAUCACCACUGUUCGCGUUAUGCGAGAGGUAAAGAAACAUCAUAAUGGGAAUAAGAAGGUUCUAGAGAAUAAUAAUAAUAAUAAUAAUAAUAAUAAUAAUAAUAAUAAUAAUAAUAAUAAUAAUAAUAAUAAUAAUAAUAAUAAUAAUAAUAAUAAUAAUAAUAAUAAUAAUACUAAGGAUAAAGGAGUUGAAGACGAUCAUGAUGGUGAAAAGGAACCAGAACCACUUUCACCGUUUGCAUACAGAAGAAUGGGUACUUCAGCCGUAGAUUACACGGUGGAUCAUCCAGUGAAAGGCCUCCCUUUAGAUUCUUGCACUUAUAUCACUGGCAAUUCUGGGAAAAAGAUACAAUUGGCCUUAUUGGAAGUGAUAUUCCUGCCUUUCAUAAAGUCCAUCUCCCCAUUUGUGCCCACCUCUUGGUUAACAGCGGCAGAGAAUAAUAUGGAGUGGCUUCGAGACUACGCCGAUGAGGCCUUUGAAGAGGAUGUCACGAAUAUGCUGAAGAACAGUAAUAUGUUUGAUGCGGUGUUGCCUAUUUAUCGUGAUUCCUUUGAGCGGCGGGUCCUCAAGCGUAUUGUAAGUAUGUUUGGGGAAGAGAAAAUAUAUACAGAAGACCAACAGAAGGGGACGAGUCGUUGUAAAAGGCGUUCUUUGAGUAUAUGA